GUGCAAACUCGGUUCCCCAUGGAGAUUCCUCGAUUGAGCGCCUCUGGGGCGUCAAGACGAAGAAGAAUGAGUCAAUGGAAAACGGAGGUGGGACUUGCCCCUCCAUCCGUUGCUCUCCUCCACACUCGCUCCCUCGUCUCUAUCCCGACUUCUCUCUCCUCUCCAACCUUCCACUUUUUCUCCUUUUUUCUUCCUCUCUAACCCCCCUCUGCUUCUCAUUGCCAGGUCCUCUGAGAACCCGGCGCCUUUCACCAUGACUACGGAACGGUUGCGUGUUCUUAUCGUCGGCAAUGGCGGCCGUGAGCAUGCUUUUGCCUGGAAGCUGAGCCAGUCUCCCCGCGUCGACAUUGUCUACGUCGCUCCCGGCAAUGGAGGCACGGCGCUUGGCUCCGAUAGCAAGAUCCAGAGUGCCAACAUUAAGGGCGAUGACUACCCCGGGCUCGUUGCCUUUGCCCAGCAGAACGAUGUCAACCUCGUGGUCCCCGGCCCCGAGGCUCCCCUCGUUGACGGCAUCCAGGGCUACUUCCAGGCCGUUGGUAUCCGCUGCUUCGGUCCCUCCAAGGCUGCUGCCCGCAUGGAGGGCUCCAAGACCUUUUCCAAAGACUUCAUGAAGCGCCACAGCAUCCCCACCGCCGCCUACGAGAACUUCUACGAAUAUGAGCCCGCCCGCCAGUACCUCGACUCCGUCUCCCACCAGGUUGUCAUCAAAGCCGAUGGUUUGGCCGGUGGAAAGGGUGUCAUCAUCCCCACCACCAAGGAGGAGGCCCACCAGGCCCUCCGCGAAAUGAUGGUUGAGAACCAGUUCGGCCAGGCCGGUAGCGAGGUCGUCAUUGAGGAGUACCUCGAGGGUGACGAGCUCAGCGUUCUCACCUUCAGUGACGGCUACACCAUCCGCUCUCUCCCCGCCGCCCAGGACCACAAGCGCAUCUUCGACGGCGACAAGGGCCCUAACACCGGUGGCAUGGGCUGCUAUGCCCCGACCCCCAUCUCCUCCAAGGAGGUCCUCGCCGAGGUCGACCGCACCAUCAUUCAGCCCUCCGUGGACGGCAUGAGAAGAGACGGAUUCCCCUUCGUCGGUAUCCUCUUCACCGGUCUUAUGAUGACCAAAGACGGUCCCAAGGUGCUCGAGUACAACGUCCGCGGCGGUGACCCCGAGACCCAGACCCUCCUCCCCCUGCUCAGCGAUGAUACCGACUUGGCUGAGAUCAUGGUUGCCUGCACAGAGCACUGGCUCGACGGUGUCUCCAUUCAGAUCAAGCCUAACUUCUCCACCACCGUCAUCGCCGUGGCCGGUGGCUACCCCGGCUCCUACCCCAAGGGUAAGAAGAUCACCCUGGACACUGCCCCCAAAGGCACCUUGAUCUUCCACGCCGGCACCAACGUCGUCGGCGGCGAGCUCCUGACCGCCGGCGGUCGUGUCAUCGCCGCCACGGCCACCGCAUCUAGCCUUGAGGAGGCCGUCCGCAAGAGCUACGAGGGCAUCGCCACCAUCCACUUCGACGACAUGUUCUACCGCAAGGACAUCGCUCACCGGGCCUUCCGCCAGCGUGAUGCCGCUGCCGCCCAGCAGGAGUCCCUCACCUACGCCGCCGCCGGUGUCUCUAUCGAUGCGGGCAACGACCUCGUCCAAAAGAUCAAGAGCUCCGUCGCCCAAACCAAACGCCCCGGCACUGACGCCGUUAUCGGUGGCUUCGGUGGCCUCUUCUCCCUGGCCGCCGCCAACUCCGCCUACCACGCUGAAUCCCCGACCCUGAUUGGCGCCAUCGACGGCGUUGGCACCAAGCUGAAGAUCGCCCACGCCGCCGGCGUCCACAACACUGUCGGUAUCGACUUGGUCGCCAUGAAUGUCAACGACUUGGUCGUCCAGGGUGCUGAGCCCCUCUUCUUCCUAGACUGCUACUCCUGCGGCAAGCUUGACGUUCCCACCGCCUCCGCCUUCGUCGCCGGUGUCGCUGAGGGUUGUGUCCAGGCCGGCUGUGCCCUGAUCGGCGGCGAGACCGCUGAGAUGCCCGGUCUCUUCAUCGAUGAGACCUACGAUGCUGUUGGCGCCGCUGUGGGUGCCAUCAACACCACCGGCCCUAACGCCCGCACCAUCCUGCCCGACACCGCCGCCAUGAAGGCCGGCGAUGUUCUACUGGCCCUGGCCUCCUCCGGCCCCCACUCGAACGGUUACUCCCUCGUCCGUAAGAUUGUCGAGCGCUCUGGCUUGUCUUACCAGGACCCCGCGCCCUUCACCAUGCCCUCGGCCACGGGCCCGCAGACCGUGGGCCAGGCCCUCCUCACCCCGACCCGCAUCUACGUCAAACCCCUUCUGAAGGCCCUUGCCACCUCGCCCGCUGAGAUCAAGGGUCUCUCCCACAUCACGGGCGGUGGUCUGGUCGAAAAUGUGCCUCGCAUGCUUCCCGCCACUCUGGCCGCACACAUCAACGUCGCCACCUGGUCGCUGCCUCCCGUCUUCCGCUGGCUCAAGCAGACCGGCAACGUCACGUCCACGGAGAUGGCCCGUGCCUUUAACUGCGGUGUGGGUAUGAUCAUGGCCGUCGAGAAGGGCUCCGAAGGCGCCGUCAAGGAGCUCCUCCAGAAGGAGGGCCAGACGGUCUACGAGAUCGGUGAGCUCCGGGUCAAGAACGAUGGCGAGGAGGGCUGCAUCCUGUCUGGCCUGGAGACCUGGGAUGCGUAGAUAUGAUAUGAUAUGAUAUACUAGAAUCUGAAAUGAUGAAUCUAAGUGGUGGGGGUACAGAAAACCAACCAUCAACCGCAUAUUACUCCUGUUUAUUAUUACUUGGUUACGUUGAAUGAAUGAAGACUGUUCAUUUCCUCUUCUUUAUAUCUGUUGGCAUGAUAUGCGUGUUUGUCUUCGUGUUCUUGUUUGUUUCAUUUGAUAUACACUUCCGCUGCGAUAAUACGGACUAUCUGGCUAGCUGCCAAGAUACAUCCAUCAUUAUAUACAUGGUUACGACAACUUUAAUCGAACAAUACCCUACAUACGCAAUCCAC